CGACUACGGAAGCCGUAUGUGCGGACAAGUAGGAAUAAGUGAAAAAUCGAACUCUACAGAUCGUCUCACACUUAGCUAGCUAUUUACUUAAAAAGGGUCAAUGUUUACUCACCAGGGUUGAAUGUUAUUUUAACAAGUGGACAACCUACUACGUUUCAUGUAAAUCUUUUUGUCAUCCCGUAGUGACUGUCACUCCUUCCACACCAAGGUCACAAGUUGGACACUCAGCACGUGCGGUUAAGUGACUGUUCUUGUCGUAGCUAAUCUUUUGUGUUAGAAAAUGGCAGGACUCAUUAACUUUGAAGACGAGAAGGAGGUGAAGCAGUUUUUAGAUAACUUGGGCGUGGAGUACACCUACCAGUGUUACCGAGAGAAAGAUCCUGAAGGAUGCCAGAGGCUGGCUGACUACCUGGAAGGUGUGAAGAAGAACUAUGAGUCCACAGCGCAGGUGCUGAAACACAACUGUGAAACCCACGGGCACGGGGAGAGCUGCUACAAGCUAGGAGCCUACCACGUCACCGGCAAAGGGGGCGUGGCUGAGUGUCUGAAGACGGCCUACUCCUGCUUCCUGCGCUCCUGCGACGCAGGAGGGAAGAAGUCCCUGGACGGCUGCCACAACGUGGGUCUGCUGGCCCUGGAUGGCCGUGCCACGGAUGCUGGGCCCGACCCCCAGCAGGCACGCCGCUACUACAACAAGGCCUGCGCCGGGGGCUUUGCUCCAGCCUGCUUCAACCUCAGCGCCCUGUUCAUCCAGGGCUCCAUCCUGGAGAAGGACAUGGGCCUGGCUCUCCGCUACGCCAGCAGGGCCUGCGAGCUGGGACACGUGUGGGGCUGUGCCAACGCCAGCCGCAUGUACAAACUUGGGGACGGGACGGAGAAGGAUGAGAAGAGAGCGGAGGAGCUGAAGGAGCGAGCGAGGGAGCUGCAUGGGCAGGAGAAGGAGAGACAGCUGAGGUUCGGAGAGUGACCGUGCUGGGAGACAUUCUCGCUCUCCAGGAGAAACACUGCCGUGAUGAGGCAACUUGUGUUGGAGUGUGGCUGAUCGUGUUUAGGCCUGAUUUUUGACCUGCUGUAAAUACUUUCGAUAAAUUAUGUGUCUAAAUAAAGAAAUGAAAACAGA